CUGUACUUCUUUAGCAAACAAAUACGGCCAUAUCGGCCAUACUUAUCAACGAUAUACAUAGUUCAUAGAACAUUUAAUAAACAAUGCGUACAAGCUAUAAGAAGAACCGACCAUUUGAUUUUAAACUAAUAGACCUGGUAGAACCCAAUCCUGUGCUGUACCAGCGCUCAGGACUAUCCAAUUAUGAGGCUAUGAAAGCCAAAACCGAUAUCUGGACCAGAAUUGCUGAGAACAUGGGUUGUGAUGUGGAUUUCUGUUUAAUGCGCUGGAACAACCUUCACUAUCAGUUUCGGAAAGAGUUCCGAAGAGCCGACAGCAGCGGGUCCACUUGGCCAUAUUUGGAACGCCUGCGUUUCUUGGCCCAUAAUCCUCAGCGACCGAGAAACAAGAACAAAAGUAAGGACAAGGAUUCGCCGGAUAAAAGGGAGUCGGUGAGUCAUGAAGCAACGCUUUGGGAGGCCUACGAAGAUGGGGAAACCAUAGGCCAGCCCGGAACUUUCAUAAUCGAGGAAAUCAUCGAAGAGAAUGAUCAAAUCAUCCAGGAAGAAAUCAUUUACGAAGAAGUGGACUCAGAUUCAGCUGAGACACUAUCUCCCAGCAGCAGCUUUCUCCAAGUAGACCGGAUGCUCGCUCAGCUAAGGGAGCCCCAUCGAAGGCGAGCAGAACGAAGGAUAACCGCCUUUCUGCUCAAGUGUCAGUUGCGUUCCCUGAGUAAUCAGUCCGUGGAAGACCUGAUCAUUUAG